AUGCAACACGGAGUUCAGAGAGUCAAUUUAUCCCAGGAGGCAAAGAGAUUAAAAUUGGAGAGAGAUGCCAUUAAAACUGCCAAUUAUAGACAAUUGACUGCCAAAUUAUUCAAAUUACGAGAUUCGGAAGUUUAUACUAUUGAAACAUUUAAUGAAACCACACAAAUAUUAUUACUUAAUCCUGAAUUCUAUACUAUGUGGAAUUAUCGACGUGAUAUUUUAAUUCAUUUGAGGCCUACUAUCGGAGAUAAUGAUUACGUAACAUAUCUAAAUAAAGAUUUAAAGUUAGUAUUAGAUGUAUUAAAGAGAUAUCCUAAAUGUUAUUGGAUAUGGAAUCAUAGAAGAUGGUGUCUUUUUGAAUUGGAAGAAUUAGGAAAAGUUAAUUGGGAAUAUGAAUUUGGUGUCGUUUCCAAAUUAUUGGAAAUGGAUGAACGUAAUUAUCACGGAUGGCAAUAUAGAAGAGUGGUUGUUAAAAACAUUGAAGAUUUCUCAAUUAAAAAUAGUGAAAAUUCAAAAGAUUCAGAAGCUCUUAUACUUUUAAAUAUUAAUGUUAAAGAAUUUGAGUAUACUACAUCAAAGAUUAAAAAAAACAUAUCCAAUUUUUCAGCAUUUCACAAUAGAAGCAAAUUGAUACCCAAAUUAUUUCAAUAUUUCAAACAAGUUUCUGUAGUUCCUGAUAAUCUCAAGGAGUUACAUGAAAAGGUAUUUGCUAAUGCACAUUUAUUACUAGUGCAUGAACUUGAAUUAAUUAAAACGGGAAUGUAUAUGGAUGUGGAUGAUUCUUCUGUUUGGCUUUACUUACGUUGGUUGCUUUCAGAUAGUUUCUUUGUAGAGGACUUAACAAAAGAAGUAUAUAUUUCCAUAUUAAAGGAACAACUAAGUAUAGUUGAAGAACUUAAUCAAUUAGAGAAAGAAGAUCAUAAAGAUCAUUGGGAUCACUGUUGGUGUCUUAAGACUAUAGUAUUUAUUAAGGUACUUCUUGCUCAAGCAACCGAUUCUGAUAUUUUAUCAGAAGAAAUCAAAUCUCAUUUAAAUACCCUAACUGUAAUUGAUCCGUUAAGAAAGGCAAAAUAUAUAGAACAGAUAAGUGGUAGAGCUAAAAUUGUAUAG